CGAGAGGACAAGCUACAAGCAGCACAAGUUGAUAUUUUUAUAGCUGGCAGUGGAGGAGAGAAGCCUUUUGUUAUCUCUUCAUCAACUUCGCAAAUUUUGUACCUUUUCUUUUCACUAGGCUUCCAUUCAUUUUAUGUUCUUGUAUGAACUGAGAUAGCAAGAAUUGGAUAUACUUGCCUUCUCUGCUUCUGGGUCUUCAAUGGCUAGCUGGGUUUUAUCAGAAUGUGGCCUAAGACCCCUUCCUAGAGUUUACCAUCAAAGCCGAACUGGCUUAACAUCAAAAACUACCAAUCUUUUAAAGAUUAGACAACUUCCAGUCUCCAAAAGUUACAAUCUUGGUUCUUCUUUCAAGGUCUCUAGUUGGUCUAGACAGAGAAACUGGGCAUUGAAUGUUGCUAUUCCGGUUAGUGCUCCAGUAAUUGAGGAGGAAGAUAAAGAAAGAGAGAGCGUUAAGGGUGUUAAUGAACAUGAAGGUGAAUUUUUCGACCCUGGUGCUCCACCACCUUUCAAAUUAGCUGAUAUCAGAGCUGCUAUACCAAAGCAUUGUUGGGUUAAAAAUCCAUGGAGAUCUAUGAGCUAUGUCGUGAGAGAUGUUGCUGUGGUUUGUGGAUUGGCUGUUGUUGCUGCUUACUUCAACAAUUGGGUUGUUUGGCCUCUUUACUGGUUUGCUCAGGGGACCAUGUUCUGGGCUCUCUUUGUUCUUGGCCAUGAUUGUGGUCAUGGGAGCUUCUCAAAUAAUCCAAAGCUGAAUAGUGUAGUGGGUCAUCUCCUUCAUUCUUUAAUCCUUGUUCCUUAUCAUGGAUGGAGAAUUAGCCACAGAACCCAUCAUCAAAACCAUGGACAUGUUGAGAAUGAUGAAUCGUGGCAACCAUUGCCUGAGAAAAUAUACAAGAGUUUGGAUAAUGUCACAAGAACAUUGAGAUUCACUUUGCCUUUCCCUAUGCUUGCUUACCCUGUUUAUCUGUGGAGUAGAAGUCCAGGAAAGAAGGGCUCUCAUUUCCAUCCAGACAGUGAUUUGUUUGCCCCAAAUGAGAGGAAAGAUGUUAUUACCUCAACUGCCUGCUGGACUGCAAUGGCAGCAUUGGUUGCUUGUUUAUCCUUUGUAAUGGGUCCUGUCCAAAUGCUUAAACUCUAUGGCAUUCCCUAUUGGAUUUUUGUCAUGUGGUUGGACUUGGUCACUUACUUGCAUCACCAUGGACAUGAUGAGAAACUUCCUUGGUAUCGUGGAAAGGAAUGGAGCUAUCUGAGAGGAGGCCUUACAACCCUUGACCGUGACUAUGGAUGGAUUAACAACAUCCACCAUGAUAUCGGGACCCAUGUGAUUCAUCAUCUCUUCCCUCAAAUCCCCCACUACCACUUAGUCGAAGCAACAGAAGCAGCUAAGCCUGUACUUGGGAAGUACUACCGAGAACCAAAGAAAUCUGGACCUCUUCCGUUUUACUUGCUGGGAACACUUAUAAGAAGCAUGAAACAAGAUCACUAUGUUAGUGACGUUGGGGAUGUUUUAUAUUAUCAAACAGAUCCCAAGCUCUAUGGACCAGAGAAAACAGAGUGAAGAAGCCAAAUGUUUCUAGGCAUCAAGGUGAAGCCAACCAAGCCAAGAUUCUUUGUGACCAUUCAUUUUAACUUCUGACAAUUUGUCGACAUUGUCUUCAGUCACUGGGGACAACCAUUCUCCCCCGCAUUUUUUUCUCUUUCUUAUUUGAUAAUAGGUGUCGCGGAUGGUUAAUCUCAGCCAGUUAUGCUGAAACAUGGACACGGAAAGUUUACUACUAUAUGAUGUAUUGUGAUAGAAAAUCUAUAUCUUUUGGCUUGUUGCC